GAAUUUGAACUCUGGACUGUUAUUGUGUAGAAUAUUCGACUGCUGUGAAUUGGAGCGCUGUGGGUCGGUGUGUGCUCGUGAGUGAGUUUGUCAUCGCGCUGAGUCAAUUUCCGUUUAGUAUUCCAUUUCAAAGUUGGUGCUUCCAGCUUAUAGUAGUUAGUUAGGGUUCUUGCUAUGUGAGGGAAUUGGUUGGUUAUCGUUGAGUUGUUUCAACAGUGUACAAAAUUAUUACUAUUAUUAAUUUACAAAUAUAAUCGUAGAAUUUUAAAAUCAUCGACAAUGGAAAUCUACUCAUCGGAUAACAGUGACAGUGAUGAUAAUGUAACUAACAGUACAAAUAGUUUAAAUUUUUCGUUUGCCGCAAUAGACAGUAAUUUUCUUGAAGAUCAGUUGGAUCUUGUGAGUUAUAAUGAAGUGAAAGACAAAACUUCAAUGCUUCUGCAUUACAACAGCUUGACACAUGUACCUGAAAAUCUUUCAAAAUUUAUGAAUUUGAGAAAAUUGGACAUUAGUAAUAAUAGAAUAUACCAAUUACCUGACGCUAUCACUCGCCUACCUCUUAGAACUCUCAUAGCAAAAAAUAAUUUUCUAGAUGAGGAUUUUUUGUCGGUCAAGACUCUAGAACAUUUGGCUAAUACCCUGGAGAUCCUCAACCUGAGUGGCAACAAUCUAUCAUUCAUACCAGAACAAAUAUUACAGCUUACAAGGUUGAAAUACCUCUACUUGGGAGAGAACAGACUACAGGAAAUACCUCACAACAUAAACAGACUUAUCAGGCUGGAAAUCCUGAACGUAGGCGGCAACCAGCUGAUCAGCGUGCCUUCGACGGUCGGCCAGCUGAGUGAGCUUCGCGCGCUCAUCCUCAGCAACAAUCAGCUGGACAGCCUUCCGGCUUCCGUUGCCAACCUCAACAGGCUCACCAUCCUCCAGUUGCACAAGAACAAACUGCGAACGCUCCCAACCGAAAUUAUUGCUCUCAAGAACCUCUCAGAGCUGAGUCUCAGGGACAAUCCGUUGGUUGUGAAGUUUGUGAGUGACAUGGUAUAUGAGCCACCAACGCUACAAGAAUUAUCAGCUAGAACGAUAAAACUGUACGACAUACCUUACAGUGAACAAGAUCUGCCGCGAAACCUGAUACAGUUCUUGUCAAGCGCCCAUCACUGCCUCAAUCCUCAGUGCCAAGGAGUAUUCUUCGAUAACCGAGUGGAGCACGUGAAAUUCGUGGACUUCUGUGGGAAAUACCGUCUGCCGCUGAUGCAGUAUUUGUGCUCGUCCAAGUGUCGCGACGACACCAACCGCCGUCACACCCCCUCCCCCUACCAACAGCACGACCACAUGCUACGCAAAGUUCUACUCAGCAAUUUCAACAAUUGAAACAAAAAUGCCUAGCGCCGAUUUUCGGUUGCGCUGGGCCACAGGAAGCACCAACCAACAUCACUGCUCAAUAUCACCGGUUCUAUUUUAUUGCAUUUUUGUUUGUUGAAUCUCAAUAAACGUCAAUACUUGACAAAGA